AUGCAACUGCGAAAUCAUAAAGGUGCCCAGUGGUGGGAUGAGCGCAUGAAGGGCCAUAGAGAUAAAGAGGUCGAAAGAUUUGUAGCUAACAAGCUGGAGGAUCUGGCAGCAUAUGAUGAGGUCAAGGAUAAGGUCGACCACUACAAGGCCCUGAUGGACAACGAGGAGGUAGCAGCAGAGGAUUUCAUUUCCAUUGUAUCCUCCAUUCUUGGCAUUGAUUGA